CAUGCUUUCAACUGCAGAUCAACUCCAGAUCCAACAUGUCUCUCAUCUCAAGAUCCUACGGCCAGAAGACCAUGAGUGUCUAUGGUGGAGCAGGCGGUCGUGGCACCCGUAUCUCCUCAUCCCAGGUCAUGGGCCUUGGAUCUGCUAGAGGCUUCAACCUGGCUGACGGCCUGGACAUGCACGUCGGAGACAACGAGAAGGCCACCAUGCAGAAUCUGAAUGACCGCUUGGCCACCUACCUGGAGAAGGUGCACACCCUGGAGAAGGAGAACGAGCGUCUGGACAAGCAGAUCAGAGACUGGUACCAGAGCAGGACCAUCAUCGCCCACGACUACACCAAAUACUUUGCCAUCAUCGAUGACCUGAAGGACAAGAUUCGUAUCAGUUCCAGAAUGAAUGCCAAAACUGUUCUGGACAUUGACAACGCAAAACUGGCAGCUGAUGAUUUCAGAAUGAAGUAUGAGAACGAGCUGGCCAUGAGGUUGGCUGUGGAGGCAGACAUUGCUGGACUGAAGAAGUUGUUGGACGACAUGAACCUGAUCAGAAUGGAUCUGGAGAGUCAGUACGAAGGACUGAAGGACGAGCUCAUCAUGCUCAAGAGGAACCACGAAGAGGAGAUGAUUCUGCUGAGGAGUCAAACCGGUGCCCAAGUCAACGUGUCUGUGGACGCUUCACCCGCUGUAGACCUGAACCAGGCCAUGUCAGAAAUCAGAGAACACUACGAGGGCAUGAUCGGCAAGAACCGCAGAGAUCUCGAAUCGUGGUACCAGACCAAGAUUGCAUCGGUGGAGCAGGAGGUGCUCACAAGCACAGAGACUCUGGUGACGUCACACACAGAGAUCAAAGAACUGAAGAGCACCAUCCAGAGACUUCAGAUCGACCUUCAGUCACAUAUUAGCAUGAAAGCCUCUCUGGAGAACACCCUGGCAGAGACUCAGGCCCGCUACGCAGCUCAGCUCGCAAGCCUCCAGGACAUUGUCAUCACCCUGGAGGCUCAGCUGUCCCAGCUCCACGCUUCCAUCGCCAGCAACAAGCAGGAAUAUGACCUGCUGCUCGACCUCAAGACCCGGCUGGAGCUGGAGAUCGCAGAGUACAGGAGGUUGCUGGACGGAGAGGACGACAGCACAAAACAAGUGGUCACAAAGGUCAUCACAGUGGUGGAGACAGUUGUGGACGGAAGGGUGGUGCAGAGCAGCAAGACUGUUGAUGUGGACGUGGAUGAGCUUGAGUGAACGUUUUUCUGAAUAUUUUACAAAAACUAAUAAAGAUCUUGCAGUUCAAA